CGUCAAUUUUUGGGUGGAAAUGGUCGCUCAGGCCGAGCGUCCGUAUAAUUUAAAUUAAAAUUUGUCACACAAAAUCUUUAAGUGUACCAUAGAUAUGACUGAAAAAGAGAUAACCAUGGAAGACCUCGAGGAAACCGUGAAACGCACAGACGAGCAGCUGAACCUCAUGGAGUGGAAGAUGGACAAUGUUGAGAAGGAGCUCGUGGAGCCUGUUGAUACACAAGACCUCUGCGUCAUGAACUUGCUUAAAUCUGUCUCGGAGGUGAGGUCAGACUACCAACAGCUGCGGCGGGAGCUGGUGGAAGUGCAGGCGUUGCAGCGGGAGCUCUCCUCGCGGCUGCGCGCGCAGCUCAGGUUAGUGCACGGCAAGUUCGCGCGCCUGCGCCAGCGCCUCGCCGCCGUGCCGCCGCGCUGAGGGCGCGUCCGCCGCCGGGAGACACGCGACGCACACUGCCGUUGGCUUCGAUUUUUCAAAUUUUGGUUCGGUAAAUGUUUGGUUCGUUUUAAAAAAAAAUUUGAAGUUUAAUGAAGUUUUUUUUUUAAAUUCUAGUUUUCAUACAGUUUUUGAUAAUGUUAAAUGAGUUAUUCUGUUGUUUGUUAUUUAUAUGUUCAGUGAAGGGUCGAUACAGAUCGAGCGGAAAUGAAUGAUAAUUAAGCAUAGUUAAAAAUAUAUGUUUAUUGUGCACUCUUUACAUCUUUGGUUAAGUAUAAAGACUGUUCUGGUAAAUAACUGUAACGCUUGUUCUCACACACAAAUAAGUAUCGUCAAUUUGUAUAUUAUUGUUAAUUAUAACUGAAAAUUCUCAUCUAAUCUGCAUUGACCCUUAAAACAGUAUUUUUUUUUUGUAAUUUGUUGGUUGAGAUUAUUUAACCAAGUAAACGUUGGUAUUUUGUCAAAAUUGUGUGUAUUGUCGCGUGUAAAAUAAUGAUAGUUGUUAUGAGAGAAGAUAUUAUGUCAAUAAUGCCCUGCACCCGCCAAGAGCAGAAAGAGUAAUUAAAUGUGAACUUUAUGAUUUUUUCAAUAGUUAUUACUAGUCGUUGUCUCGGGAUCUGCCUGCGUAAUUUUAUUACUUUUAUAAUAUAUUAGCAGCGUAAUAUUUGUUGAGCAUUUUAAAGUAAUUAAUUAAGGUUGUAAUUUAUCGGGUUUUUAAACUACAAAGCUAGAAAUGUUCGCCAUGUUUUUCUUUAUAUUUAACACGAUACAAACAAUUUUCAUAAUACAUAGUAUAAUCCAUGUAAAUCCAAGUUAUCCCGAAACAUAGCAAGUAAUAGCAACUCUUUCCGAUGCGGUGGGUACAGGGCCUGCUUAACGUGAAGCUCAAAUAGUGCCCCAGUAGACGUGACUCGUUAGAUGUAGGAUGGCGUCCGAUGUGCCAACGUAGAUUUAAAUUUAUGGAGCUAUCGAUCGAUUUAUAGUUAUUUGACUAUUUUCCAACAUAUUUCUAUAACAUACGAAAAAAAAAUUAAAAGCUUACAAUAAACAACUUCUUCUGAAAAGAAAGCACAAAAAUAUCGUUUAUAAGUCCAGUAUCCUUGACUGAAAAUGUUAAACCUUUAUUUUCUUUAUACUCAUUAGAAGCUAAUAUCUUAACAUCGAUGGUUUAGAUGUAACACGUACCUCACUUAAAUGAUCUCUAUCGAUUCAAAGAAUGUGUGAAUGUAUUAAUGAAAAAUAUAAAUGUACGUAUGUUCUGUAUGCUGUACAAUUAAAGUGUCCGGCACAGAACUUGAACCAAAAUGGCGGUUUGCGCCGGAGGACAAAAUAGUUGUCUGAUAUAAUACUUGCUCUUGUUUUAUACUCAAUUAUUUUACGUUAGUAGAAAAUAUAAAAAUAAAUGUAUUUACAACAAAAAGUGUGUAAUGCACCAUAUGUAUUAACGUUAUUGGAUAAAAACGAAAUUAAUUGAAAGAAGACAUCUUUAAAAGAUGAUAUAAAAUUAAUUGUUAUAUUUUAUGUAAUAACAGGCAUUUCUUUAGAGAAUUGACUCUUUAGACUGAUAUAACGCCGCGGGUGACAAGAAGGUUGGUUGUAUUUUCUCAAAAAAAAAAAAAAAACAAAAAAUGGCAUCGCCAAUCAACGGAAAAAUGCAGCCAGUAUUCUUAAGACCUCACGAAUCUUUAGAUUUCUAAUGCUCUUUUUUUAUUGCGUUUAAAUAACUUUAACGUUUAAAAACUUUAUUAUUUUUUUUUUGCAUAUGAACGUUUUAUUAUGCAUUUAAUGAGUCAAAUUAUAGUUAUUAAUUUUUUUUUAAAGUUACUCAUAAACAAAGUCGUAUUCCAUUUUUGUGUGUAAUGUGUGCGAGUGAUUCAUAUUUUAAGUCGGUGCUAGGAACAAGUAUGUCGGGUGAAUGCAUGCAAUGUUGACACUGACACUUGAAUAUCUGUCGAAAUAUCCUUUAUUCUAGUCCGCGAAGCUAGGGACUAAGCCAAAAUUAAUGAAACGCAACGAAUAUCGAAUAACCUUUAGAAUAGUCCUUUGGAAUUUCUUUAUAAUCGAAUGUAGUGUUAGUUUUAGAUUAUUAUUUUUUUGGAUUGUUGAGUUGCAACGCUUUAUUAGCAACAUAGUUAAAAAAAAAAAACAAAAAUAUAUAUCUACAUAUAAUAUAUUUACAAGGUGACUUUGAAUUGAUAAGCAUUCGAUUGUAGCAAGAAAUAUCUUCUUAUGUAUGCUCAAAUUAAACUGUGUGGCGUAGAUUUGAAAGACAAACAUGUUAAAAAUCGCGAUAUUUAUUUUACAGCUAGAAUAACUCAAAAUCAUAGGCCCAAUGAAAAAUAAUAAGGAUUCUUAUUAAUUCUAAGUCAUCCUUGUAUAGACACGCAAAAGCACAAAGAGGUUUCAGUGAACAUCCAGCGGCGCUACUCAUGAAAUUGAUAAGUCAUAAAAUUUACCGAUGAGAUUUCAUAUAAAAUGUACCGAAGAAAUUAGAUGGCUUAUCAACAUUAGUGCCAAAUGAAACACUCACUUAGAAAUUUAUGAGUGUGUGAAAGUUUAAUUUUUUAGGACCAAAAACACACCUGAUAAUAUCAAUGUUUAGUUAGCUGAUGGAAAACAGCAUGUUUUUUUUUUAACAAAAUAUUCUUAUACCUCGAUUGCAUUUAUUUUAGUCUGUUAGAUGUGUAGUUAGUUUGUACCGCACUGCACGAUGCACAUAUCACGCACCUCAACCACUGUACUCGUAGGAUUUGUACCCGGAACCUCGUCAACACACGACCAAAGUAACUUCAAUACGUUAUUUACUUUCAUUAUACAUACCUACAUACAUAUAAUCACGUCUAUAUUCCUUGGGGAGACAUAGCCAAUAGUCUUGAAAAUACUGAUAGGCCACGUUCAGCCGUAAGGCUUAAUAAUAGAAUUGAGAAUUAAGUAGUGCUAACCCAUCGCCUACAAGGAGUUUAUAAACCUAUCCCUUAGUCGCCUUUUACGACAUCCGUGGUAUUUGCUUUACAUAUAUGUCUGAUAUUUUCAUUGACUAAAUAUAUAUUGAAUUCUUCUUCAAUUUCUUAUCUUUCUUUCUAUCAUUAAGCCAAAUAGCUGAACGUGGCCAUUCAGUCUUUUCAAGACUGGUGGCUCUGUCUACCCCGCAAGGGAUAUAGACGUGACCAUAUGUAUGUAUGUAUGUUUCUUAUCAAUAUAUUCUUGAUCAACGUGUGAGAGGUUCUCGGUACCAAUUCCGCCUUUUGGCUUCGCUUGCUGUUUACAUAUAUGUACAUACAUAGUGUUAAGUGAAAUACAUGUCUGAAACUAUGUGUAAGUAGUUAGUUAACUUGUUACCUGUAAGACUAUUUAAGCUAGUCCCUAUUUGGUUCUUGUGAUCACGUUGUGAAAUCAUUUUCUUGCCAAUGACAAAUAUUAUUAAUUCACUAUUGACAAUUUUCUUUUAAAAUUCGCGAUUUAGUCCAAAAUUAACUUGUCUUGAAUGGCUUGCUCGCUACUUCGGGGUAGACAUAGCCAACGGUCUUGAAAUGGCUAUGGCUUAAUGAUGGAAUUGAGAUUCAAAUAUUACAGGUUGCUAGCCCAUCGCCUACAAAUAAAAUCCCAAGAUUUUACCCUUUCCGUAACUCGCAUUUUACGACAUCUAUUGGAAAGAUGUGGAGAGGUUCUAUUCUGAAGUGCUGGGAACCACACGGCAAUGAAUUUAUUAAUUUAUAAAACAGAAAAUUAUUCUUGGUGUGUUAACAACAUUUCAACUAUAAUAAAGUUUUCCCACUGUAAUAAGGUUUACAACAAAUUAAAAAAAAUAAAUUGUCGUUGGUAAGUUGAAAAAUGAACAAGAUUGUGCUAGAAAGAAAUAAAAUGAGAGUAUUAUAGGCGCGUCCUAUUAGUGACUGAUUUUAUUAAUUUUAUAGAGUAGAUAUAAAUUAUAAUAUUGUACCUGUGUAAGGUUAGAAAUUACGAUAGAAUCGUAAUUAAUCUGAAUUACAAAAUUAUAAUGUAAGGUGAUGUUUUUUCGCCUUUCUCAUAAAAGCGGAGACGUGUAUGUGAAAAAAUCGACCAAUCAAAUUUCAUUCGGUAAUAAUGGAGCACUGUGAUUGGCUGACUGCACACAGCUCCGCUUUUGUGGUACACUCUCGAAUAAAUUAUUAGAAUUAAUAAAUAUAACUGUUUCAACACACGUAUUGCCGCAACACCACAUUUAACACACAUUUCUUAUGAAUUAUUGUACUUAUCACAAAUUUUGUAUAUCACACAUAAUAUUGUAAUAAUCAAGUUAAUAUUUUUUUAUAUUACUUACUAUAAAGCACACGUCCAUUCUAGAGCACUCGGUUUAUUGUAAAAUAUCAGCACAAUGUUCCAAUAAAUGUAUUUUUCCGAUUCAAUUUGAAUUAACUCGCGCGUAGGUUAAUACGAAAUUAUUUGUAAUUAAAAUUUAUUCGGCCUUUAAGUUGUAAUUAUUAUGAUGCGACUUGGAUCAAUGAUAAUGAUAUAAUGCAAGACUACGAAAUAAAAUUGUUUUGUCGAUUGUAAGAGUUAUUUAUCAAUUAUUGAUUUGUUAGAACGAAAGGCUUCCAAAAUUUGUAACUAAAGCCAAAAAGACUGACCAAAGUAUUAGCAAAUUGUUUAAAAUGUAGAUGUUUGUGAGAUACAAAACGUUUUAACAGUCUUUUGUCAUGUUUUUGAUCCGUGACGCAUCACGCCUCGCCGGUUAGGGUAUUAGAAAUUCAUAAAUUAUUGAUUGCAAUAUGACAAACUUAUGACUAUGAUGACAGAUAGCUGCACUUUGCUGCAGACAUUGAACAUGUCCUGUUGAUUAAUUCUGGUCUCUUCUCAAGAUUUUCAAGUUUUAAUAGCAUAUUAUUUUCACAAUGGUUUUUUUAUUCUUGCACUGUAUAAUAUACAUUGUUCUGUAACGGUUAAUUUUCAGACUCUUUAAUUGGAAAUAUGGAACAAAUAUGUAACUAAUUACUAUAACGUCCAUACGCGUAUUUAAAUCAAUCUGUGUACUGUCAAUCGUGCCUACAUUAAGUUUCCCUGCACUGAACUCUGUCGUGAAUAUGUAUUUCGGUACAAAACAUGUUUUUGCGAAAUGUACCUAUAUAUUUUACUUUGUGUAUGAAGAUAGGUAUUUGUUUACAUACCUGGCCGGCGAACACUCUGAAGUCCAAUAAGACAAUAUCUCACUAUUCCUACAAUCUAUAGCCGCUUGUAGUAAUACAAAGGGUGUACUGUACGUGCACAGUAGAGGUUAUUUAGCGUUCGUUUAAGAGUGUAUUUUCUAAAUUGAUUUACAAUGUAGCAACCGGGAUAUUUUGUAUUCGCCCUGUUGUUUUGUAAUUUGUUUUCGAAUAAAAUGUAUUUUAUGGU